AUCGUUUCUUGUUUCCUCUAUGACAUACACGCCAGUAUGGUUAAGGUGGAAUCAGGAAACUGCGAUUUUUAUAAAGGGAGAUGGGUUUACGAUAAAUCAUAUCCUAUAUAUGAUUCAUCUCAAUGUCCAUUCAUCCCCGAAGGCUUCGGUUGUGUAGCUAAUGGUCGACCGGACAAAGAAUAUCUAAAGUACAGAUGGAACCCAACUGGAGGAUGUGAUCCACCCAAGUUUGAUGGCCUAAAUUUCGUCAAGAUAUUUAAGGGUAAAAAGAUCAUGUUCGUUGGUGACUCAAUUAGUCAAAACCAGUGGGUAUCUUUUACUUGUAUGAUCCAUGCAUCUAUCCCCAAUGCUAAAUUUACUACUGCUUAUGGCCUCCCACUUAAUAACCAGUGGAUGUCGUCCGUUAAUUUCACCGAUCCUGAAUAUGACAUGUCUAUACUUUUUAAUCACAAACCGUUCCUUGUUGACUUAGAGGAGACACCUGAAAGAAUUCUAAAGAUCGACACCAUUAGCACUGGUGAUGCGUGGAAAGAAGUAGAUGUUGUGAUCUUUAACACUUGGCACUGGUGGUUCCAUAAAGGAAGAUUACAACAUUGGGAUAAAAUUCAGGAAGGAAACAAGACAUACAAAGAUAUAGAUAAUCGUACGGUAGCUUUUGCGAAAGGACUAACCACUUGGUCAACAUGGAUUGAUAAUAAUAUUGACCCCGACAAAACUCGAAUUUUCUAUCAAGGAAUUUCUCCUACGCAUAUGAAGGGCAAGGAUUGGGGUUUUCCUCACACUUCUUGUGCAGAUCACACAACACCAUUUAAUGGUACUACAUAUCCUGGAAUUCCGGAACCAGGAGUGACUGUACUCAAGGAAGUAUUGAGUCAGAUGUCGAAUCCUGUCAUUUUAUUAGACGUGACAACCAUGUCACAACUAAGAAAAGAUGCUCAUCCAUCACAUUACGCCAACAAAGAUGGGACGUCUCGUGAUUGUAGCCAUUGGUGUGUGGCUGGCUUACCCGAUACUUGGAAUCGUCUUCUUUAUGCAUCUAUUAUUUUACGCCAGAAAUAA